GCUGUCAGUGCGUGACUUCCACCACUUCCACCGACCCCCAAACACUGUUUGUUUAUUGUACACCACCCAAUGUAAACACAAAUCACUAGAAAUUAUUGUACAUAAUGAUGUUCUGCGAGCAAAGUGUUACCUCCGAAUGGCGUGAAUCAUGAUCUCAGUGCGCUUGAAACCGGUGAAAAAAUGACUUCAAAAACAGUAUUCAUAACUCAAGAGAGUCCAGCGAAUGCUCUAGCCCUGAACAAAGAUAAUUCUCAGGUUGUCAUUGCCGGUAGAAAUGUAUUCAAAAUAUUCACACUACUAGACGACAAGUUCGAGGAGGCGUGCAAUCUUCGAGUCGGUAAGAAUCUCAACUUGAAUUUUUCCUGCAACGAUGUAGCCUGGAAUUUGCUGGACGAUCACGUCCUGGCGACAGCAGCAACCAAUGGUGCAGUUGUCGUGUGGAACCUGAAUAAAGCAUCUCGCUCCAAGCAGGAUCACGUCUUCGCAGAUCACAAACGCACAGUGAACAAAGUGAGCUUCCACAUGACCGAGCCCACUUGCCUGAUCUCAGGCUCUCAGGACGGUACCAUGAAAUACUUUGACCUGCGCACAAAAGAGGCAACAAAGACCUUCUACAGCAACACGGAAUCUGUCAGAGACGUACAGUUCUCUCCACAUCAGCCCCAGACAUUUGCUGCAGUCUCUGAGAACGGCCACGUGCAGCAGUGGGAUCUGCGUCGAUCUGAUCGUUAUUUUCAGCACUUUACAGCCCAUAGUGGACCGAUUUUUGCGUGUGACUGGCAUCCAGAGUCCACAUGGCUGGCAACCGCCUCUCGAGAUAAAACGAUCAAGGUGUGGGACCUCUCGGUGAAGCCCACCUGUGACUACACAAUCCACACGAUAGCCUCGGUGGGAAGAAUUCGGUGGAGACCACAGAGAAAGUAUCACAUCGCAAGUUGCGCCCUCGUUGUAGACUGCAGCAUCAAUAUUUGGGAUGUCAGGAGACCCUACAUCCCUUUUGCAAGCUUCAAUGAGCACAAGGAUGUACCCACUGGUGUUGCUUGGCGAGGCGAUCCCCAGUCAUUUCUGUCUACCAGUAGAGACUGCACUCUUUAUCAUCAUGUAUUCACGGACGCCACCAGGCCGGCUAGCAAGGCUAAUCCCCAGGGGAUUGCUCUCAAUGUUCAGGGGGACGUUGCUUAUGCCUGCAAGGUCAAUCCAAAUGUCACUGCUACAGUUAAACUCGCUGGGAUGAUGAGGAAAGUACCGGCCAGCAGUGACACCUUCUGCAUGGCCUCUAGUGUUCUCCACAGGUUCACGAGACUGGUCUCCACGAUCUCAGAGUCUCGGGAGCACGAGUCAAAGUGUUUUAAAUUCUGCGCCCAAGGUUAUAUCCUCAACGGGAAAUUGAACGACGUGUGUGAUCAUAAUGCUUUAGUAGCAACAAAAUGUGGUAGGAACGACGUCAGUACAGUCUGGAGAAUCAUAAAAACCCUCUACGCGAGCCCCAACGGUAGCAUUCUGAAGACCCCAGCCACCAAGGACGACCCAGUGCUGACAAAUCCCUUGAAUUUGACGCAACUGACACUAUCCUCUGGUCUAGAUCACACAUCGCAGACUCAGUCAGUUCACCUCCACGAGAACGACGUGAGAUCUCUCCAGGGGGAUCCCCGUGACUUCGGUGGAAUCAGUGGAGGUGACGACGAGACCGAGACCGACGAGACACCCGAGAAUCACAAUUACCUGCACGUCGGUGCAAUCGGCUCGAUUCCAGAUUACCGAAAGCUGUUGAAUGGACACAAGAGGCCAAGAGGAGAUUUCUUCUUCGGGGAAGGAGAACUCGAGACCGAGACAAUAUCCAUGGAUUACCCUGGGGAUUAUCUCGAGAAUAUGAUGAACAACGAGAGUGAUUGGACUCUCCCAAAGGAAGCAUUUCCCCUGAGACACGAGAUCCAGGACAGAUCACCACCUCCAGAACAAUUUCCAAAUAAUUCACCCGAGGUUAAUGACGACGCUGGCUCGGUGACUGUUGAGGAUCAGCCGUGUCAGCUGAUUGUCACUGCUAUCCCUAAACCGAUGUUCUGGAAUCCUGCACACCUCGUCGAGGAAGCCCUGAGGCAUCAUGCUGCUGUGAGAGAUGUGCAGACAGCAGCUUCUGUUCUCAUUGCUCUUGGGGAUCGCAGGAGGGACUUGAAUAUUGAGAGUGCCCUCCAGGAGCACUGGCUCCUGGAGUAUAUUGACAUGCUGGGGAGGUUUAAGCUGUAUGAUGUUAUUACACAGAUUAUUCAGCUGGCGUGGAUACCAUCAGUGUCUCAGCUCAAUCAGCAAUCUACAACAGUUCAUGCCUGCUGCACAGCCUGUGGUAAACCUCUGCAGAGGGCUGCCUGGCUCUGCGACAGGUGUCACACAUCCAGGCACGCCCUGUGCUCCAUUUGCCAUCAGGUUGUCCGGGGGGUGUACGCCUGGUGUCAAGGCUGCACACAUGGGGGACACGUUGUGCACAUGAGGGAGUGGUUCAAGGGGAAUAGACAAUGUCCCACUGGCUGUGGACAUUUGUGUGAAUACACUUGAGAGGGACUUGCCAUUAUUUCGAUAGAGAUCUCAUAGCUCUGGGAUUAUGUUGAUGAUGCUUCAUGGGGAAUGCAGCAAUUAAUAUUUCACUUUCUACUUAGUUUUCUUUUUCAUGUUGUUACGUUCAAAUGGGCUUUAAUAGAAAAAUUUUGGUGAAUUUGUAAAUAUCUGUACGUAAGGACAAUGAAAACUUGUACAAAAUCAUUAGGUGGAUUUUUACAGUAAUAAAUUGAAUUUAAUGUUUAUGAAA